UGUUUUGUCGGCUUAUAAGUUGCAUCUAUUUUCAGGUAAUCAGAUGUAUCUGUUUGAUGAACCACCCAAUUCCCAACACAAAAGAUGCUUUGUCGUGUCAGAUAAUCAUUCCUCAAAAACAAGUUGAUCGUCAUUCAGACAUAUACGUAUCGAUGGUUUCGUACACACAUCAAGUGGCAGCAAAGAACUGGUUUAUCGCUAUGGUGAGUACGACAGUAGAGACAGCUAACCCCGAGGACGAAAUCAAACCAGGACUCGAUCUUCUUGGACCAAUCGAACAGAAGUUUGUGAGAGUGAGUGAUGUUUAUAAACCAAAGGAUGACGGACGAGAAAGUCAGAUAUUUAUUUCGGAGUCCUAUGAUGCAACAACCCACUUCGAGACCACUUGCUUGGAUGUCUUGGAUAUCUUCUACAGAGGUACCGGGGAGGAUUUCGACUUCUCAAAGGUACAGCACACAUUAGCAGAGGAGCAAUAUUGAGAGAAUAAUGGCUUUUCCAGGGUGCAGGGCAUCCUCUUCUGCUUCUUUCUUUUUGUAUACUCUUUAAUUCUGAAGGGAGCCCAGCAGACUGAGGGAGUGUAACAGGGCCCAUCUUCGACCACAUUUAUAUGCUGGCAGUAUUACCGCCAGUUUCUCGUGUAGGAAAUCUAGUGAUAUUUGAUUCACGUUGUAGAUUUUCUCUUAUCAUCUGUCAGCUUGUAAUCUGGUUAUGCUGUUAUCAAUGCUAUGAUCUUGGAUCUUAUGUUAGUUCUGUGUCAGCUGGUGGUAAUAAAAAAAAACUGUAGAUGAUAAGUUAUUCACAUUAGCACGUAUAAAUUGGUUAUACUAUUAAAAUAAUAAUGUUAUUUGGCUGAGGUGUGAUAUUCAAGCCACUAUCAUUCCAAUUUUUAUCAUUGCUGUGCUAUACAAUUUACUACACUGCAACACUAUGUAAAAUGAAGAUAUCAAAAUAAAAUACUGAUUCCCUCAAA